GUGAGGAUUGGAAAAUAGGAAGAAAAUGUAAUGGGAUGGGGCAGCUGGAAGAGGAAGGAAAGGAUCGAGCCUCCUACUAGAACAAAGGGACAAGGGGAGUAAUACAUGACGAGGGGGAUCCCCAUUACUGCUCACAUGGAUGUGUCUUCCUUGUGUCUAGCACUUGUAGUGUGAUCACACAGCACACAAGUGGGGGAAAGUUGUCCGUACAGCAAGCAGCUCAUCGCUCAGCCUUUGUGUCUGGAAGAGAGAGAGAGAGAGAGGGGGCGGCUGGGCCAUCUAACGGGACAUUACAUCCGGCUACAUACACUAAGGACUAAGGAGUGCUGAGGAGACCGGAGGACAAGUCACAGCACAGCGAUGAGAGACAUGGACUGCACGAAAUGAAUAAUUUCAGCUCUGAGCAGGCCAGACUUUGCCCUAUUGGAGCCUAAAGAAGGACUUUUUGUAGUCUAUGCUGUGUUCACAUCUGUCAAGGAAACUGUGAUCUCUCUCUUCUUUGUCACUGGUCUAACACAAUUCUUAGCACACAAAUGUCUUCUACUACUAACAGGGAACAACCCAUUUUCAGCACCCGAGCUCACGUUUUUCAGAUAGACCCAGUUACCAAAAAGAAUUGGAUUCCAGCCAGCAAACAUGCUGCCACUGUGUCCUACUUCUAUGAUGCCACAAGAAAUGUGUACCGAAUCAUCAGUGUGGGUGGCAACAAGGCCAUCAUCAACAGUACCAUUACUCCAAAUAUGACCUUCACCAAAACCUCACAGAAAUUCGGACAAUGGGCUGACAGUCGAGCCAACACAGUGUACGGGCUGGGCUUUGCUUCUGAACAGAACCUGACUCAGUUUGCAGAGAAAUUCCAGGAGGUGAGGGAGGCUGCUCGACUGGCAAGGGAAAGAUCUCAAGAUAAAACAGAACUAACAAACCCAGCCCUCGGUAUCACUCCACAGCAGGUUUUACCCUCUCCCAUCAUUAGUGCCAAUGGACCAGGAGAUGAGAAGUUGUUUAGGAGCCAAAGUGCAGAAAUGGAGCUUAGCACAGAAAGAGAGCGGGUGAAGAAGAUGCUGUCAGAGGGCUCGGUGUGUGAAGUGCAAUGGGAAGCCGAGUUCUUCAGUCUCCAGGACAACAACAACAAGUUGGUAGCUGCUUUGCGUGAGGCCAAUGCUAAUGUGGAGAAAUGGAAAAAGCAGCUUACUGGAUACCAAGAAGAGGCCGAAAGGCUGCGGCUAAGGGUGGCAGAAUUGGAGUCAAAGUCCCAGUCUCAGUCCAUAUUGACUGACACAGAACAGGAAAGCGACCUCACUGAGAGACUGCGGGAUUUAGAGAUUCUACUAAAGAGCAAAGAAGAGGAGAUACUUCAACUGAAAGGACAGAGACCAGACCUCACAGAGCUGGAGAUUGAACGAGAUGAUCUCCUGCAGAAGCUAAGGGAGUUGGAAGAUCGAAACCAGGACCUGGAGAAAGAGCUGCAGAAGGCAGAGCAAAGCCUGAAAGAAACACAUAUGGAAAAGGACAGGAUACGAGAAGAGAUCAGCCGAGCAGGAGAUGAGCUGGAUGUAAAGAUCUGUCAGCUCAAUGAGUUGCGUUUGGGACUCUCCCAACUCCUAGAAAGCAAUUAGGUUUUUGGAAAGGGUUGGUGCUGAGAACUGUUGAUAAUGAUUGUAUGCCUAAUGUAAUUUAGGGCAACGUUAGCUUUGUUCCUGGGAGCUAAACAAAAGAGACAGGUGAGCCUGGAUUGCUGGAGUUCGACUAUAGCCGCUUCAUUCUGUUUACUGGCUAAAUGCCUGUAAAUCAUGUUGGUGUUCUAGCCCGGGCAGCUGUAGAUGUAGGAAUAACAGAUCACCUGCUUAGCCAGGACGAGCAUACUUAGUUGCUCUUAUUUGUAAUAAUUACAGUGCGAAAAUAGAUUUUUUUUUUCAUCUACAAUUUCUAUCAAUUUUAAACCAGGAACAAAAGCCAUGAAACAAAACCAGAAUGAACUGCACCAAAUGAGGGGUAUGUCUAUGUAAACUCCUCGGUUCCCUUCAAUGAGGUAUAGGAUACUCCAUGUAACCCAUCUUCACUUCACAUCCCAGACCAGCUUUCCAAGGACAGGUGCAGCAAACCAUCCCUGUGAAAUCUGGGACCAGCUAUCUAAAUGCCUUAAUUAAACUCAUGAUUGGACUGUUAUUAUCUUAUCAGAAGAGACAUUCACCUGUUUUUUUAAGCACUUCUUGUUAGAUAUGAAGUAUGGUACUGCAGCUUGCUGAGACUAGUGCGCAAUAACUCUCACUGCCAAAGUUAAUCCUUCUUAGAGGUAUGAAAAGCCAUGGAGACAGCAAAUUAAAAACUGUGAGAAAAGGGCCCUUGGCCAGUAGAGGAAAGGUACAUUCCUUGUUUAAUUGAAUAUGUAUCAAAGAUCAGGGUUAGAAUGACCAGUGAAAUAUACAGUCUUUAAUUGAUGGCCCAUUACAGUGUUUUGUGGUGAUAUAAUGGAAUAAGAGAAUAAAUUAGGGAGCCAUCAUUUAGACAAGAAUUUGCAUUGCAUUUUCUAAUGUCUUGCAGGUUGUUCUUUAAGUACUGUAGGCUCAAUGCUUGUCACUCACAUGCUGUUUUCAGCGACUGUAGCCAAAAACUUCUCACAGCCUGAAAUGCCACAAAUAAGUGCAUACAUUAUUUUCUAGGGUAAUGCUUCUCAAUCUUUUUUCCUAUCAGGAACAGUCUGGCAUCUUUCCUAAAGUCAUAAUGACUCCCUUUGUUACACAGAUUAUUUUACGCUUUUUAAUGGUAGAAGAUUAAAGCCCAAUUAAAGGCUUACUAAAACCUUG